AUGACUUCUGGUAGCUGGGAACCUCUGAUGUCUUCCGCCGCCUUGUCCCUCUUUAAAGAUGAGGAAGGCCGGAAUGAACAUAAAUAUUCUCCGAAGGGCGAGGUGAAGGAAGAAUCACUGACAAGGUAUUCUUCCUGGAGUGAACUUAAAGAGGCUACGUUGAACGACGACGACGACUGCGACAAUGACGUUGCCUUAACUUCUCAAGGAGAAAUCAAAGUUCCUCCGUCGGCGGCGGUUAGAUUCAAGCAUGAUGAUAUCCUUUGUGGCAUUUACGGGUGCAAUCCCUUAAAAGACGAAAAUGGGACAGUGAAGUGUAACGAAUGUUCAAAGAAAUUAUCGCCGCAAGGAUUCAUUGAACAUGCCGAGAGUUGCGAAAGGCUAAGAGAGAAUCCAGUCACUGCGACGGUAAAGAUACCACCGGUACACGACGCCUCCGCAAACAAGAACACGAAAAAUAACGUAAACACAGUUGAAUUCUGUAAUCCGAACAAGAAACGCAAGAGAUCCGUUAAUUCUGAAGUUGAAGUUAUGGAUCCAUCGAUAUCAAACAAAUCUCUUUCGCCCUCGGGAAUAAAACCACCUCCUGAAAAGAAGCAAAAGCCCAAAAAGGAAGAGAAGAAAAAGAAAACCACGGGACGAAACAAAGGGCCUGUCGAUUUGGAUAAACAUUGUGGUGUCAUCGCGCCUCCAAGCAAUACACCAUGUACACGCUCGUUGACAUGUAAAAGUCAUUCGGUGGCGUUAAAACGAGCAGUUCAGGGUCGCUCGCAACUUUACGACUUAUUGUUAGCUCAAUAUCAAAAGAAAUCUAUCGGCCGUCCACAAAAUAAUGGCGUUGCUAAUAAACAGGAGAACGGCAAGAAAGAUGGCAAGAAUGAAUUAUCCGAAAAGGACGAAGGACCAAUCGAUUCAGAGCAGGAGGUGGAUUCGGUCAUGGAAGCAUUAAUGUGCAGCAAGCCGCAGCCGAUCGUCACGCGUCAAGAUUCCUAUGUUCCACCCACGAGCAGCGGCGAGUUAUACGACACAAAUGCUGAGAAAGGGGAUAACACGACUGUGCGCAUGAUAAGGAUAUUGGACAACAACGCAAUUUACGAUGCAUGUAAUUUUGUGUUUGAGACGUUUAAUAAAUCGACAUUGCCAGAAUAA